AUGAACCCUCUACGACACGACUUCAUCCAGACCUGCCGUUCCUCCUCCCCUUACUCCUCCUUUACCGUCCUAACCGAGGACUCCUCCGACAUCCUCCCUCCCACUUCCGACGCCGCACAUAACACCACACACAACACCUUCAACGUGCAAAAACUGCGCUACCUCGACAUCGGCUGCGGCGGCGGCAUCUUCGCCGAGUCCGCCGCCCGCCUGCCCACUACAUCUUCGGUCCUCGCCAUCGACCCCUCCCCAGGCGUGCUAGCCAUCGCCCGCUCCCACGCCAAGAAAGAUCCGAGCUUGUCGCCCAAGCUGACCUACCUCUCCUCGACCAUCGAGUCCCUCCCAACACUCAAGCCCGAAGCGGUGCAAAAGAAAUUCGACGUGGUCUCUUGCUUCGAAGUAAUCGAGCACGUCGAUCAUCCUGCUCUGUUCCUCGACCACGUGGCGCAGUUCGUGAAACCCGGAGGGUGGUUGGUCAUGAGCACGAUCGCAAGGACCUGGACAAGUUGGUUUACGACGAAUUUCAUGGCCGAGGAUGUGUUGGGGAUUGUGCCCAAGGGGACGCAUGAUUGGCACAAGUAUAUCAAUGAGUAUGAGCUGAGAGGCUACUUUGAGGAGACGGAGGAGAAGAGGAGGUUUUGGGGACGACCGAGGGCCAUGGGUGUGGUUUAUGUGCCGGGUUUGGGGUGGAAGGAGGUGCCAGGGAGCGAGAAGGUGGGCAACUACUUUUUGGGGGUACAAAGGUUGGCUGGUGAGGAUGCUUGA